UGUUAAAUAACAAUUUUCAGAAUAACAUCCUCUAUUUGGGUAAAGUUGAGACUGCAGUUGACUGAGGAUUUUCAAGGUUUAAAUGUAUAGAUGAAGUCUCUUAUCAUAUAUAGCAUACUAUUUUUGUUUUUACAGAAGCAUGGAGUAAUCAGCUCAAUGACAGAGAGCCAAUUGUGGAAGCUGUGAAUCUGAUGCAGAAGACAGCGUUCUGCAAAAUGAUCAAGUUGUUUGACAUUGCUUACCAUAUUGCUAAACACGAGAAACCAUUUGCUUACUAUCCAUCUCUUGUCAAACUGGAGAAGCGGCAUGGAGUUGAUUUGGAAGAUGCCUACAUUAACCCCAAACAAGCAAGGGUUUUUACCCAGUACCUCGCAGAACAAAUACAUCUUGAGGUUAGCAAGCAAGUACUGUCUUCCAGAUAUAUCAGUGUCCUUGUUGAUGGGAGCACAGACAGGUCAACAACUGAGAAGGAGGUCCUUUAUGUGAAAUACCUGCAUAAAGAUGGUGUCCCUCGCAUGGCAUUUGUGGGAACUGAGGACAUUGAGAGUGCCACAGCUGACGGCAUCCUGCAUUGCAUCCGGUCACUGUUAAUCUCCAAGGGCAUCCCUAACUGGACCGAUCAUCUUGUUGGUUUCGGAGCAGAUGGAGCCAGCGUUAAUUUUGGAUGCAGGCAGGGCAUCUACACAAAGCUAAAAAUGGACAUGCCAUGGCUAAUAGGCAUUCAUUGUUUAGCUCAUCGUUUGGAGCUAGCCUGUAAGAAUGCCUUCCAGGGAACAUAUUUCAAUCAAGAGAUUGAUGGGUUCCCAUCUUUCUAUACAUCCUUCUAUCGAGGGUCAGGGAAAAGAAGACGGGAGCUGGACCGGCUGGCUGAACUGCUCGACGAGUCUGUCCUGACACCCACUAGGGUAGAUGGGACCAGAUGGGUUGAUCACCGCAGAAGAGCCCUUAAAGCACUCGAGACGAACAUCCCUGCAGUCAUCGCUUAUCUAAGUGAGGUGGGAAGUGAUCAGCGGCAAGAUAUAAAAAAAGCAGAUGCUGCAAGAGUGAGAGGAUGGCUCAAGAAGGUUAAGUCCAAUGAAUUCCUCCUCCAUAUAGGUCUUUACAUGGAUGUUUUGGGUGAGUUGUCCCAUCUAUCUCUCCAGUUCCAGAAAGACAGCAUCUCUCUCCCCACAGCUGUGGAGGCUAUUGAGACUUCCAAAGAAGUGCUGAAAGACAUGGCGAAAGGUGAUGGCCCAAAGCUUAGAGCAGUGAAGGUGGAGUGUAGGUGUGGUAGUUACAGAGGUGUAGCGCUUUCUGACACUUAUGCAGAUGCUGAAGAAAGAUUGAAGAGUUCCAGAGAGCCGCUCAUCCAUGACAUUGUGGCCUGCCUGGAUGAAAGGUAUCAAACAGACACAAUUCUCAUGGCCAUGUGUAAACUGGACCCUAAGCACUGGCCUGAAGAUCUGACUGAGUAUGGUAAUGAGGAGGUCUUGCUGCUCCUAGAGCAUUUCAAGGAAAUACUAAAGAAAAACGGGUGUGAUGUAGAAAACGUAAUGGCAGAGUGGACCCGUCUUAAGAAGGUCAUCAACAGGAGUUACAGAGGUCUAAAGUGGGAGGAACUAUGGUCACAGAUUCUAAGGGUGUGGUCUGAGGAGUUCCCCAACAUACUCCACAUCAUUGAAAACAUUCAAGUCAUGCCGAUGUCCACCUCCAAGGUAGAGAGGGCGUUUUCUCUUCUGAAUCGAGUCAAAACUGACUGGCGGAUCAAUCUCAACACAGCCACAGUGAAAGACCUAAUGAUGAUCUCACUGGAGGGACCAGAAGAAGAAGAUGCAGCUGCUGGAUGUGUUGAAUCUGCUGUGAAAAAAUGGUUCCGCAGUGGGAAGAAAGCAAGGUGGCCCCAUAUAAAACCCUAUGGGAAAAGGCAGCAGGUCAGACCAGCAACUUCUCCAAUGGCUGACAGUGACACAGAUGACGACAAUGAUGAACUGGUGCUAUUUGACAAAUAAGCCACUCUUAUGUAUACGUACAUAUUUAUAAUUUUUCUCCACUGUACAUAUAACCUAAUAUGUACUUUUUAAUUAUCUGAAAUGACAUUUUCCUCUCAGCACUGCUGAGCGUUUUGUUUGUAGAUUCAAUUUAAUUAAUCCACGUAUAG